AGAAUGGAAUCGUGCAACAGCAAUUUGACUUCAGUUCUCAAAGCGAGAAGGAAUUCUCAGCUGUAGCGAUGGAUGUCACAGGAAACAAUGUAGUAUUAGGAAGUUUUGAUAGGAUACGGUUGUUCUCGUGGUCCUUCCGACGAGGUGCUUGGGAAGAAGAAAAUUACCUUGACAUCCCAAAUCUGUAUGAAUUCGCUGAUCGUAUGACUAGGAAUGACAUCGGUCCGCACGCAAGUUUCGGAGGUGGAGAUGUUCCACCAGUGGGAGACAACAGAAUGGAAUUUUUGUAA